GUGAGGGGGCAGCAGAGGAGGGGCCCAUGUUGUGAAUGCUUCCUAUGGGCUGAUGCAGUCACUGGCUGGCCAGGCUGGACUCGUCAUUCAACCACCCUGAGCCAACUUUCUCUUUUCUCUCAGCUCCCUCGCCCUGGACUGUUUCUGAGGAUCAGACCUCAAACCUCUGCUCUGCUGAGUGUUUACGUCUCUGCUCUGCUGUCUGUUUUCAGGGUUACAGUGGAUACUGCAUGUGUUUACCUGCCAUGAUGAGACUCACGUUUGGGACUCUGCACAUCAAGGAGAACCCUUGUGCCUCUUUGUCUAGCAUCACAGUUGCUCUCUGUCUUCUCACCCUGAUCCUGAUGGCCCUCAGGAACCGAAAGAGCCACCACCAACACCACCACCAGCAGCACUCCCAUUUGGACCACACAAAAUACCCCCCUCCUCCUGGCCCCACGCCGUGGCCCCUUGUCGGCAAUCUGCUCCAGAUGGGGGACCAGAUUCACCUUUCUCUAACCCGCUUGAGGCUCCGUUAUGGCGAUGUUUUCACGAUGCAUCUCGGCUCUUUGACUGUCGUCGUCCUGAGUGGAUACACCACCAUCAGACAGGCGCUGGUUCGGCAGGGAGAAGCUUUUGCUGGCAGACCUGACCUAUUCACCUUUUCUGCUGUAGCCAACGGGACCAGUAUGACCUUUAGUGAGAAGUAUGGACCGGCCUGGAUGCUCCAUAAGAAGCUGUGUAAGAACGCCCUCAGGUCUUUCUCCCAGGCUGAGCCCAGAGGAUCUGGUGCCACCUGCCUCCUGGAGGAGCAUGUCUGCGCUGAGGCGGCGGAGAUGGUGGAGGUGAUUCAGGAACAGGCUGCUGCUGAAGGAGACAUGACAGGUGUAGAUCCGGUGACGCCCCUGGCGACCUCGGUGGCAAAUGUUGUGUGCGCCCUCUGCUUUGGGAAAAGAUACGACUACAAUGACAAGGAGUUCCUCACUAUUGUUCACAUCAACAACGAGGUCCUGCGGAUCUUUGCAGCAGGGAACCUGGCUGAUUUCUUCCCUGUGUUCCGCUACUUUCCGAGUCCAUCUCUGAGGAAGAUGGUCCAGCACAUCCACAGGAUGAACAGAUUCAUGGAGCGGAGCAUUGAGGAACACAUCAACACCUUUGAUAAGAACUGUAUCCGGGACAUUACCGACGCUCUGAUUUCACUUUGUGAGGACAGAGAAGACAAUAAGGACAUGUCUAUGCUCUCCAACUCUCAGAUCAUUCACAGUGUCAUUGACAUCUUUGGAGCAGGAUUUGACACCAUCAUUGCUGGUUUACAGUGGAGCCUGUUGUACCUCAUUAAGUUUCCUGACAUCCAGGACAGAAUACACCAGGAGAUAGGUGAACACAUUGGCACAGACAGACUGCCGAGGUUUUCGGAUAAGCCCAAGAUGCCUUUCACAGAGGCGUUCAUAUAUGAAGUGUUUCGUCAUGCUUCAUAUGUCCCUUUUACCAUUCCUCACUGCACCACGAGAAACGUCACCCUGAAUGGAUACUUCAUUCCCAAAGAUACCUGUGUCUUCAUUAACCAGUAUCAAGUCAAUCAUGACGUCGAUCUUUGGGGUGACCCGGAUUCAUUUCGCCCUCAGCGCUUCCUGGCUUCAUCAGGACUCCUCAACAAGGAGCUGACGGAGAAGGUUCUCCUCUUCGGCAUGGGGAAGAGACGAUGUCUCGGUGACGGAUUUGCCCGUUUGGAGAUGUUUGUGUUUCUCACCACGCUGCUUCACAGGCUGCGGAUUGAAAACGUUCCCGGGCAGGAGCUGGAUCUCAGCACCGAUUUUGGGCUGACUAUGAAACCACGUCCGUACAGGAUUACAUUUUCCCCGAGGUUUUAGACGGCCAACAAACAAAUUAUGCUCUGUGUGGAUGUUUCACACAUCAACAACAAAAUGGAAAGAUAUUGUAUAUAGAAAUGUGUUGAGAUUUUGUAGAAAUAGUAUGAAUAUGAACUAUCUUCAUGUCAUUCAGUGCUUCUGUGCUCAUACUUUCAUCUCACAGUCUGGGCAGGCCGGGCACAAAAUCAGUGAUAUAGUUGGUGGUGUGUACUUCCUGACAUAGUGUGCUAAUUUCAGUAGUCUGAAUGUCAGCGUAUGUUUGUAUGAUAACAUCUGAGGUCAUACUUCAAAAUA